CUUGUCCAAGAGGCGCUCGCCGUUUCAUGCUUCACGGGAAAGCGGAUGGGGAGGCAGUGCGCAUUCAGAGGAAGGUUGGACGAAUAUCGAGGGCGAUGGAGUUCCCGCCUGUGAAGAAAUACAAUGCUAUGGAAGUGCGCCACAGCACGACCUUGGAUGAUGUCGACUUGUACGGUGGAGUAGCAUCUCCCACCGACGAAGACACGGCGCUUGCGCCAGGUGGCCCCCUUGCCCUGUGUUCACUGGAAGCCCUCGGACUCGUUGUUCAGUACAGCGCCAUCGGACUCCUCUAUCGUGUCAUUGAAGAUAUCGCAGCCCCGAUCUACUCGGUAUACCUCCAUGUCGACCCGACCCAGGUGCAAAUGUACUACGUCGUGGUCUACUUUGGCUGGUACUUUAAAGUCUUCUUCGGGAUGGUGUCAGACUGCGUCCCGAUCUUUGGCUUUCGCCGCAAGAGCUACAUGUUCAUCGGGUGGACCAUCACGUUUGUGUGUACGGUCGUGAUGGCGUGUAUGCCAAUUGGCCCGCCGUACUGCGGCAACCCCGAGCUGUGCAAGGUCCCCUUGGAUUCACUCGACCCGGCCGACGUUGCGGAAUACUUUGACCUGGCCGCGCCCUCUCGCGGCCUUCCGUUCCUCGUCAUGUCGAUGGUCCUGAGCUUUGGCUAUGUCAUGACUGUGUGUGCGUCGGAUGCACUUGUCGUCCAGUACGCUCGACGGGAGCCCAUCGAAACACGAGGCCAGACGCAGUGCGCGGUCUACGCCAUCCGGCAAUUCGCCAGCGCCAUCGCGCUCUCCGUCACGCGCUUCUUUCUGAACGGACCGUCGUACCAAGGGACGUUUUCGUUUGAGAUCCCACCAAACGUUGUGUUUGUGCUGCUGAGCGUCCCGAGCGGCAUCGCGCUCGUAAACACGUACUUUUGGAUCCACGAAUACCGCGAGACCGGCAUCCCGAUUCGCGUGUACCUCCAAGGGCUGUAUGAGCUUGCGACGAAGCGGGUGUUGUGGCAGAUUUGCUUGUACACCUUGCUGUCCGAACUCUUUUCGUCCUUUGGGACGACUGCAGAGGGCCCCGUGACAUACGUGUGGGCAAAAGUGACGCCGCUGUGUGACAGCGUUUCGUUCGUUGUGAGCUGCCUUUUGUGGGGAACCACCCUCGUGUGCAUUGCGCGGUGGGGCGUCAACUGGAACUGGCGGACCACGAUGAUCAUCACGACUGUCAUGUUUAUCGUGAUUGACGCACUGGGCAUGGUCAUGGUUGUGUGGGAUGUCGAGCGCGACGAGUGGCUUUACAGCGCCAUGUACUUGGUCAAUUCGAUCCCUGGCGCUGUGAGGUUCAUCAUGACGUUCUUCUCCACCGUAGAAAUUGCUGACAUGGGCAACGAAGGCGCGGUGUUUGGACUCAUCACGACCAUUUACAACGUCAUGGACUCGAUCACCCCGUUGUGGUACAGCUGGGUCGACUCGCACUUCCAUGUGACCCCCCAGGACGCGGACGCCGACACCACCGACGUGCGCUGGCAAGUGACGUACACGUACUUGAUUUCGUACGGCAUGCGACUCUUUGGGCUAUGCUUCCUGGUCCUCCUACCUCCGCAAAAGGCAGCUAUGCAAGCGUUGAAGCGAUACGGUGGCUCCCAGCCAGCCAUUGCCAUGGCCGUGUUAGGUGCAGCGCUUGUGUGCUUGAUCGUCGCCGUCACAUCGAAUCUCCUGUCCAUCUUCCCUUCCACCAACUGCCUCGCCUUAGCUGGAGGAGACGGAUGUCCGUAGAUAACACAAGAAACCAAUUCAUUCUCACGAACGCUCCAACAUGUCGAGGGCAAGGAUAGUCUGUCCUGAACACGGAAAGCCC